CCGAGUUAAUAUAUAAAUUGAAAAGUAUUUGUAGCGUAUUUGUAUAUUCGUCGCGCUCCCGCCGAGUGGACAGCGCGAAACGCACGUUACGUUCCACAGCAGCAGCAGUUAGAAAGCAUCAAAACACAAUGAAACGCGAUUACGUGAGAGAGCUGAAAGCUUUGAGCGGGGAUAAGAUCCACAUCAAGGAUGAGGAGAACGUCAACAGACUGAUCGGAGCUAUCGUGUCCGGUGGCAAGGAAAAACUACAAGUAGUCUCUGACUUUGACAGGACCAUAACAAAACAGCACGAGAAUGGCAAAUCGCAUCUCAGCAGUUUCGGUAUUUUCGCCUGCUGCGACUCCCUGCCUGAAUCAUACAAAGUCCAGGAGAAAACCCUUAAGGACAAGUACUUGCCCAUCGAGAAUGAUCCAAAGAUGCCCUUGCCGGAGAAGACCAAGUACAUGGAGGAGUGGUGGGCGCAAUCUGAAGAGAUACUCAAGGGUGUUAAUGUGACUGACGAUGACAUUGAGGAAGCUGUCAGGAAUUUUGCACCUGCCCUCAGGGAUGGAACUCGGGACGCUAUUGUUAAAUUAGAUAAAAUGAAUGUUCCCGUGCUCGUGUUUUCUGCGGGAUUAGGAAACGCAGUCGUCGCAGUCUUGGACCAUUUCAAAGUCAACCUGCCUAAUGUGAAGAUCAUUUCGAACUUCCUGAAACGCGACGAUCAAGGCGUCAUCCAAGGAUUUUCCGAUAAGAUGAUUAACGUUUUCAACAAGAACGAGACGGCUAUAGUCGGCUCCGAUUAUUACCACGUUAUCAGCGACAGGGUGAACAUCAUCCUUCUGGGGGAUUCGCAGGGUGAUGCUAACAUGGCUGAAGGAAUGCCCAACGUGCAAGCCGUACUUAAGAUUGGUUUCAUCUUCGAACACAUCGAGGAUAAUCUACCAUCGUACAUGGACAAAUUCGAUUUGGUUUUGGACGACGACCAGACGAUGGACGUGCUUAAUAAACUGCUCAGCUUUAUGAGCGAAUAGAGUUAAUUAAGGUCUUAGAACAAAUAUACUCUUAAUUUAUUAAAUUGAUAUCGGCUUUACUGUAAGUGUACUGGAUGUAUAAUUCAAAUUAAGCUUGGAUGAGCGACAUCUCUUGUUUGCUUGCCGACCAUCACACACCUAUGUUGAGCACAACUUCUAAUACACAGAGGGCGGUGCAAUAGUUUACCUUCAAUAUAUAAAUUUGUCUAAAUUUAACGGUCAUUAAAAGAUUACUACGAUGAUCAAGAUAAA